AUGAAGUUACCAUCAGGCUACGGCUGCGCGACCACGGACAGCGAUGGCUCCUCUACAGCGACUGGCGAUAGCAACACUGUACAUGAUUCUGAGACCUGUGCGAAUGGUGUACUACGCCCGACGUCCCAAAACCAGCAAUACCGCAAUUUGCCAAUGGCUGUCGCAGUACCAAUCUCUUCUUCCGGAUCCUGCCCUGAUAGCGGGCGCUCCAGCAUGGCAAAUAAUCGCCGAAAAACAGCUCACAACUUCUCAUUUCGCUCGCUUAUUGGCUCCAAGUUUAUUCGCCUUGCUGAUUACGCUGGCAAGCCGCUUUUAAUCGUGAACGUUGCAUCACACUGUAACUCUACCACAAAAGCCUACGUACAGCUCAAUGAGCUGGCUCAGCGGUUUCCUGAGCUUGUCAUCAUUGGAUGCCCAUGUAACCAGUUUGGUCAUCAGGAAAAUCUUAACGGCGAGGAAAUAUAUCAGAGCUUGCGACACAUCCGCCCUGGCAUGGGCUUUGAGCCAGUAUUCCAGCUUACGGAGAAAGUGGAAGUAAAUGGAGCUAAUGCCCAUGCGCUGUUUAACUUUCUUCGUAUCGCGCUACCAUACCCAUGUGAUCGCACACUACUAGAUGAGAUGUCGACGCCAAGUGGCGUCUUUUCUCAUCCUAUGCGCCUCAUCUGGAUGCCAGUCACGCGUGCUGACGUCAGUUGGAACUUUGAGAAGUUCCUCAUCAGCCCCGACGGCACGCCUUACAAACGUUACAGCCCCAAGCUCGACUUUGCUGGCUUGGUUGAGGACAUAAAGUUUUUGUGCAAUAUCAAUAUGACUGGCGAACAGCACCAGCUGGCAAGUCGAUGCGUUCGCGCUGAGUUAGUGAUGGAUGAUGUGCGAAUUUUGUGA